GCCCCAGCAGGCGCGGCCCCUGGUAAACAGCCGAGGCCAGGCUGGAGCCGAGCGGGGUGGAGGGCGCGGGCUGCAGCCGGAGCUCGGGCCCCAAUCCCAAUACUGGAUGGAGCGAGGGGAAGAGCUGCAAGUCCCAGAUCUCAGCAAAGGCGAGGACGAUGAGAGCUGGCCGAGCCCCCAAACAGGUGAGAGGCUGGCGAGUGUGGCUGGGGCAGAGGAUGUUGCACCGGAAAAGGGCAGCACCCGCACUGAUGUGGAGCUGGUGGGGGGAGCGUGGCACAAAGACCCUGCUGCGGGGGCAGAGGAAGCUGUGCAAGGAGGCAGUGCCAGGGAGGAGGAGGCUGUGCCGGGAGGUAGCGCUGAUGCAGAGCCGGCGCGGCACAGAGACCCCACAGUCAGGUGGCCCUUUAAAUGCAGUGAGUGUGGGAAGAGUUUCCGGCAGAGCGCCACGCUGACAAGGCACCAGCUCCUCCAUGCGAGUGAGAGGCCCUACGUCUGCACCACUUGCAGCAAAGGCUUUUGCGACCGUGCGGCGCUGGCCACGCACCAACGGGCGCACACAGGUGAGCGCCCCUUCCCUUGCCUGGUGUGCGGCAAGGCCUUCGCUGGUAGCUCAGCGUUGCUGGUGCAUCAGCGAGUGCACACCGGUGAGCGUCCCUACCGCUGUGGGGAGUGCGGGCAGAGCUUCCGGCAGAGUGCCCACCUGACGCAGCACCAGCAGGGCGCCCACGCCAGCCAGCGCCCUCACACCUGUGGUCACUGCGGCAAGAGCUUUGGGCUGCGUUCCACGCUGGCGCGGCACUUGCAGACACACAGUGUCGAACGCCCCCACGCCUGCUCUGACUGCCCUCGCCGCUUCCGCCAGCGAGCCCACCUGCUCCGGCACCGGCUAGCGCACACAGGUGAACGUCCUUUCCCCUGCCCGGUCUGCGGCAAAGCCUUUGCCUUGAGUGCCACAUUGCUGCGGCACCAGCUAGUGCACACGGGUGAGCGCCCCUACCGCUGUGGGGAGUGUGGGCGCAGCUAUACACAGAGCUCCUACCUGCGCCAGCACCAGCGCAGUGCCCACGCUGGCCAGCGCCCCCACACCUGCCCUGACUGCGGCCGUGCCUUUGCUGACCGUGCCAACCUCCUGCGGCACCAGCGGGGCCACACAGGCGCCCGACCCCACACCUGUGCUGAGUGUGGGCGGUGCUUUACCCAGCUGGCACACCUACGGGAGCACGGGCGCACACACAGUGGGGAGCAGCCAUUCCGCUGCAGCCAGUGUGGCCAAGCCUUUGGGCACCGUUCAGCCCUGGCUGCGCACCAGCGCGCACACAGUGGAGAGCGCCCCUACCCCUGUUCCCAGUGCGGUUGUCAUUUUGCUCAGCUUGCCAGCCUGGUGGAGCACCGCCGGCGGCACACGGGCGAGAAACCUCACGAGUGCCCCCACUGCGGGCGCCGCUUCCGCCACCGCUCAGCCCUGCUUCGCCACCAGCGCUCCCAUGCUGGAGCGUGCCCCUUCCGCUGCGGGCAGUGCGGUCGUGGCUACACCCGCAGUUCCAACCUCCUGCUGCACCAGCGGGUGCAUGCUGCUGAGUGACAUCCCAGCCCCCAGGACAUCACUGGCAUCUGGUGACUCCCACACCCCUCAUGCUGGGAUGGUCCUGGCCUGGUCUGGCCCUGACCAGAGUCCAUACUUGUGCAUGGCCACUCCCCGCCCACUGCCCAGGAAUGGGGGUGGCUGGGCCAGGCCUGCGUUGCUUGUCCAGGUACUGAGUGUGAGUGAAGAUGCUGCCACCAGUCAUGGUUUCUCCAGCCCCAGGUAGCAAACAUGGGGGCAGAGCUUCCUGCAGGGUGGGGUCCUGGGAAUGGGGGCUGUGCCCAGGCAGUACCUGACCCCAUUUUUCUCCCCUUUUGCUGGCUGGUGCUGCUCGGGCUGCUGCUCCAACACCCUGGGCCCUGCCGUGUGGCCCAGCCAAGCCAAAGCCUGUCCUGCAGCUGCCCAGAUGUGUGCGGGGCAGGGGAACAGAAGCAGGGGGACGUCAGCACUCAAUGCAGGCUUGUGGGAAACGGGAGGGGCUGGGUGGAGGGAUGGGGGGGCUGGCUGCGGGAGCAGCUUCUAAUGAAUUUUCUAAAAUGUUUUGUAACAAAGUGAAAAUAAACCUGUGAACUUCCCAGGGGCCCUGUGUCAUGUCUGCAGUGGGCAGGCCCUGGGCCCCAUGGCCUGACUGCACCAAGCGCUCCCGAGGGGAAUGCCAGCUGGGCACAGGCAGCCGGUGUUGCUAUGGCUUCAUUUGUGCUGCAGCAUCCUGGCUCCAUUUUGGAGAAAUGUCUCUUUUGGGGCUUUUGUUGCCACCACAUUGAGUGUGAACAUGGGCAGUGCCACCUCCCUGGUCUGCGCCAGUCACUCUGAGAGGAGCUAACUGCCUCCCUCAUCGCAGCAGGGCAUGAUCCUUUGCAAUGUCAGUAACUGUUUCGCUUCCCAGCCUCUUAGCACCGCAGCUGGAGGUUUCUGUCCCGCUGCAGUCCCAAAGCGUGCCCUCUCUUCCACCCCAGUUUCUCCGGCCCCCACGUGGGAUGGGGCUAGGUUGGCUCUGGUCUCAAUCCUGCUGUGCUGUGAGACCAGCCUGCAUGAGGACGCUGUCGUCAGCUGCCUGUGGCCCUUGGCAAUCACUAGCACGCUGUGGCCCUGCACAGGCUCUGCGUUUCCUCUGCCUGGAAGUGUCUAAAGCUGCUGCAGAACGGCCUGCAGCAGGCCUGGGUACUCAGGGCCUUGCUUAUGGGCCCAGAGCCCCAGAUCAGCUUUAUGACUCAUCUGCCCCCUGUGGGGUGGGACAUGGCUGCAGCAGCAUGGCCAGGCAGCCGGUGCUGGGUGGCCGAUACUGCCUGGUGCCAGCAAGGCGGGCCGACAAUGAGCAGAGGGGAGAUGGCUUCAGGCCAGGGGGUCUGUGGAGAGGGGCAGCGACUGGGUCUUGGCUUUCCGAGGAGCUCCAGCUCCUCAUAGUUCCAGCUCCCUAGACCUGAACACUCCCUGCUAGGCAGCAGGCUGAGGGGCACCAGCUCUGCUGCAUGCUACUGUGGGCCUGGUCACCGGCAGCAGGCACCCUGGCCGUUAACCCCUGGAGCAUCGAUUCCCGGUGAUGGGGCCUGCAUGCUGCAUGGGUGCCUUGGCACUGGAUUUAGUGUGAGCAUCACAGGUGCCCA